AUGUUUCCCCUUGGUUCUGUCAGAAAUCGCUGUCUGCACGCUCUGUCGCGUCCCACGCGCUUUGCUUUAGGCUCUCGAUUUAUCCACUGUGGAAUUCUUCUCAUUCGUCCGCCUGUCCUUAAUAAAACACCGUCUCCGCUCGAGGAGGCCAUCUACGCGUACAAUCGCGAGCUCCAGCUCCAAAUGUCCCAGGAUUUUGCUCAUGAAUUCUUCUUAAAGAAAGGCUCCUUGGCUGAAAAGACGUGGCUUGAAACAAAAAAGAAGCUCCAGCAUGCUGAAAACGCAUCGCAACUUCUUCACCAGGAAACCAGCGGUAAUUCAGGCACCGACAGCAGUGAAAACAACCAAUUCCUCGUAACACAACCACGGAAGACGCCGGACGAUCUUUCGGGCAAUACUCGGAGUGUGCGUCGACAGCUGGACCAGUCGCUGUACCUGAUGGUAAAGAAAAACACAGGCGAACAGCAAUGGCAGUUCCCAACAGCCCCUGUCACAGAAAAAACGAGUCUACACAAAGUCGCAACUCAAUUGAUCACGUCCCUUGCUGGCUCGGAUGCACCGUAUUGGCUUGUUGCCAGGCAUCCGGUUGCAAGCACUGGAACCGGCGAUGAAAAGAUAUUUUAUUUACGAGCUCGUUGGUUGCAGGAUUAUGCAGACAAUAUUGAAAUGAAAGGCGUCGAGGACUGGGCAUGGUGCACUGCAAACGAAGUCGCUGAACGUGUCUCUCCCAGCGCAUGGACCCGUUUACAAAACACCGUUUUCGAGAGAGUUUAA